AUGUCCGCAGCCACCAAGAAACCGCUAUCAGGUACCCCAAGUGGGCGACGGCCCUCGACAGACCCUCCCGGCGCGAGAACGCCGGUCGCAGGACGGUCGCCCGCUCCUUCUUCCCCAACUGCGAACAGCACCCCUCGCACCCGAUCGAUAAGAGGGGGAGGCCACCAUAUUUCUGCCCGUGGCUCCAUCUCGAGACCCGGCGCCGGCAUGUCGAAUUUGAGUCAAAACAGCGUGAAUUCCGAUGUAAACGAAGACGCACGAGCAGAGGCGGUCGCAGCGUUGGAUGAUCUCAAAGAGCGCUUGCACAAGGCGGAAACGGCAGCGGAGCAGUACCAGAAACAAUCCCAGGUGCUGCAGUCACGACUAGACGAGUCUGUAAAGGAGCACGAGAAACUCGAAGAACGCCUGCACGAGGCCGACGAGAAAUUAGAGCAACUUGAAAAUGAAAAGAGCAAGGCCCUCAAGAAGAGCCGGGAGUUGGAGAAUAUCUACGAAGGCGAGAGAAGCUCCAUGACCAAAGAAAGAGAGGAAAUGGCUACUAGGGAAGAGGAGAUGCAAACCAUUAUCCAGCGAUUGAAGGAUUCCUUGAGCUCAAAGUCAAAUGUCGACGAGGAGUCUCGGUUAUCCAGACGAUGUAAGUUUUCUUUGCCAUGUACUCGAGAACAAACCCUAAUUCAUGUAGCCAACAACUCCUCCCCGAACCUGGAAGGUCAAUUUGCACCUCCAUCCGCCACAGGUCUCAAUCGUAGCGACUCUCGCAACAACUCAAAACUGGUUCUUCAGAAAGACAAGUUAAUUGAAUCUCUAAGACUGGAGCUUGCUGAAGCACAAAUCAAACUUGUCGAGUCAGAGAACAUGGGUGGUGGGCGCAUGCAGGAGGUUGAGAGAUUAUUAUUGGAAGCACGAAUGACGAAUGCACGAUUAAUGGAGGACAACGAAAGCUAUCAACUUUUAUUAUCCGAGAAGACGUUGGCUGGAGAUUUCUCCAAGAGCGAGUUCAUGGGUUCUGCAGCAAACCAAGAUGCCCUGAGCGCAUUGGAAGGCCGAACUGCAGCACCGAGUUUGGCAGACGAGUUAUCAGACCUUGCAGAAGGAGAGAGCGACAACUACAGGCGUCUAGAAGCCGAACUAAAGUCGGCAAAGGAUCAGAACAAAGCACUGACGCUAUAUAUCAACAAGAUUAUUGAACGACUACUUAUGCAUCAAGACUUCGAAGCCAUCUUGGACCAGUCGUCCGCUUUCAAACCAGGAGCAGCUGGAGCAAACACAGAAAAAGACCUCCCGCCACCUCCGCCACCAAAAGAGCAAGCCAGCGGUGCCUCGGUCCUUCAACGAGCCAAAUCCGUAGCCAUGGGAGCAUCGAAACGCCCACGCCCUCAAUCACAGAUGCCAGUCGCAACAUCUGGAUUCUCAGAUCCGGAUACUGCACCAAGCAUUCCUUUUGGUCUCAACCGUUCCACCAGCUUCCGAACUGGUCGUCCAAUGAGUGAACAAUACACCGGCGGUCACGGUGCAGCCAGUGUCAUAAACCAAAUGUAUAGAGGAGGACAAACAUCGCCACCACUUCACGGUCCACGAACCCCUCGAUCCUCUCAAUCCUUCUUCGCCCCUCCUGCUUCGGGUGGUAAUCCAAACGCUCAACAUCGAGCUCCAAGUGUUGGACAGAUCCCCACAUCUGGCAAUUUCCCCGGCAUGAAGAGCGAGACAAGUAGCACGAGCGGUGAUUCUGGCGAAGUGUCUACGCCACCAAGUCAAAGUCCACCAAGAGGAGGCGAGAAAGCCACCACCUUUGCGGGAAACAAACCACGUCCACUGAGACUCGUCCAAGAUCAGAACGAAAGUAUGCGCAAAACUAGCGCCGAGCUUGAAGACGAGAAGCGAGCCAAGAGGGCUAGUUGGAUUGGAUGGGCGUUUGGUGCAAAGAAGGACGAGGCAGCAGCCGGCGGUUUCGGUGAAGAAAUUAUCAAGGAAUAAUGAUGAUGAUGAUAAUUGACAUGAGGGGCGAAUUUUAAUAUAUGGAUGGACAGUGGGUAUAACGAACAGCAUGCGUAUACCCAUUUUCCGAAGCAAGCGACGAGAUUGAAGGGAACGGACGGGAUGAAUGAAAUGCAUGCGACGAGAAACAGGGUAUUGGAUUGUCGAUGUGGAUUGGAUGGAUGAAUGAUUACUCUUUUUGGAUGAGCCGUUGUCUUUCAUUCUUCUUUUUAGGAUACCCCCCAUGCAAUACCGUAACAUCCACAUUCCUUGUUUAGAAAAGACUGUUGUUUUCUUCUCUUUUGUUUGGGGGUGGUUUUAGUUUUAUUUGGGGGAGUUUUUUUAUUUUGAGAUAGUACUAGUCAGAUAUAAAUAUUUAAUUUCUUUUGGAA